ACAUCAUAAAUGACUGUCCUACAUUCUCUUUCAGUUUCUUCAUUCAAUUCCUUUGAGUUUUUGUGUGUUGGAAGAGAGAGAGAGAGAGAGAGAGAGAGAGAGAUGGUGAACAUUUUUGCAGUAUACAGGCCACUGUUGCGUGGACUAUUGAGUCUAGCUGGGGUGAGACCACAAAUGGUGGAAAUAGAACCAGGAACAGCCAUGCACUUCUGGGUCGGAAACGACGUCGCCAAGAACAAACAAACCAAACCCAAGCCUGCUGUUGUUUUUCUUCAUGGGUUUGCAGCCGAUGGCAUUAUAACAUGGCAGUUCCAAGUCUUUGCUCUUGCGAGAAACUACAGAGUUUAUGUGCCGGAUUUCCUCUUCUUUGGCGGUUCACUCACCGACAAACCAGACCGUUCGCCUGAGUUUCAAGCCGAGUGUUUGGCCAAGGGUCUGAGGAAGCUGGGCGUGGAGAGGUGCACGUUGGUGGGGUUGAGCUAUGGAGGGAUGGUUGGGUUCAAGAUGGCUCAGAUGUACCCGGAUUUGGUUGAGUCAAUGGUGGUGACAUGCUCUGUCAUGGCCUUGACCGAGUCUAUCAGCGGUGCAGCCCUUGAGAGGAUCGGGUUCAAUUCCUGGCCCGAGUAUUUGCUUCCGGACUCGGUCAAGGGGGUUGAAUUGCUAUUUGACGUUGCCACCUACAAGCUUCCAAAGAUCCCUAAUUUCAUUUUCAAACACUAUUUGGAGGCAAUGUUUGACAAUAGAAAGGAGAAAGUCGAACUACUCAAGGCUUUGGUCACUGAUGACAAGGACUUUAACCUACCUCAUUACCCACAGAGGGUACAUCUCCUGUGGGGAGAGAAUGACAUCAUCUUCACCAUGGAAGUUGCCAAAAACUUGAAGAGGCAACUGGGAGACACAGCUACGCUCCAAUACAUUGAGAAAGCAGGCCACCUUGUUGAGAUGGAACGACCAUUCGUCUACAACAAACACCUCAAAGAAAUUCUUGCAACUUUAAUGGAAGAAGGAAACAAAAAACAGUGAAAUUUUUAUCGUUAAUUUGUCUUCCUAUU